AUGCUCCCCAGCCCUGCCACUGCCACUUCCACCCCCUUCUCCGUCAAAGACAUCCUGAAACUGGAGCAGCAGCAGCAACAGCAGCAGCAGCAACGUCUCGGGGGGCCCCUCGAACCGCCUUUCGCCCCCGUUGCCGCCGUUGCCUCCUGCCUGCUGAGCUGCCGCUUCUCAGAGGGAGAGGAGGACGAAGAGAGCGAGGAGCAGCAGCCCUUCUUGACCCACAUGGCCUCGACAAAGAGUCAAGCGGAUGGGGGCUUCUCCCCGGGCAGCUAUGUGCAGGCGGUGCUGCGGGGCACCUGCGAGCCCAAAGGCCUGGCAGAGGAGGCAGAGCCGGCACGGGACCCCUCUACUCUCGCUCUUGUUGCAGGCAAGGAGCCGGCGGAGGAGGAGGCCUCGGAGCGUCCCAAGGCGCGCAGCCGGAGGAAGCCGAGGGUGCUCUUCUCGCAGGCGCAGGUAUUCGAGCUGGAGAGACGCUUCCAGCAACAGCGCUACCUUUCCGCUCCCGAGCGGGAGCUCUUGGCCAACAGCCUCAAGCUCACCUCCACUCAGGUCAAGAUCUGGUUCCAGAACCGGCGCUACAAAUGCAAGCGGCAGCGGCAGGACAAGGCCCUGGAACUGGGCGGCCCAGCGGCAGGAGCGGCCCAGCAGCCUCCAGCGCCUCCGCCGCCGCCUCCGCCGCGCAGAGUGGCCGUACCGGUACUGGUGAGGGACGGCAAGCCAUGCCUGGGGGGCUCGCAGGCCUACAGCGCGGCCUACAACGCCCCCGCCGCCUCCUACGCCUACAACGGCUUCCCUAAUUACGCCUACAGCGGUUCCAGCGGUGCAGCCUACGGCGCCGGCUACAGCUGCAGCUACCCCUCGGGCAACAGCCUGGGCCCCGCGGUGCAGCCCUCGCCGGGGCCCUAUGUAAGCAUGGGCGGCUUCCCCGGCGGAGCUCAGCCCUUGCACCAGGGGGGGGCCGGCUCCUCCUGCACUCAGGGCAUCAGGGCCUGGUAG